CUGUGAUUGACUUGCAUCUAAUCUAAUCAGGUACCUCAAACUCCAAGCACCGCUCGGCGCUGUGCCACAGGCUCUCCCAUCGUCAAGGUAAAAUGUCGCAAAUGACGGAUCCCAGUCCAAAUCAUCAUCUUGGUCUAACUAUCCUUUCUUACGAUGGGUAGGGAGCUAGGAACUCUCGUUAUUGUCGUCCUCAAAGCCAGAAACCUGCGCGACAAACAUUCCUUCUACAAGCAAGAUGUCUUCGCUCAAGUCACUAUCAACGGCAUCAUCAAAAAGACUUCUAUAGAUGUAAAAGGAGGACAGCACCCUGUCUGGGACGAAGAAGUUCGCAUUCCCAUCGGUGCAGAAUCCUCUGAGAAGACGCGGACGUUAUACGCGUCGUGCUGGUCGAAGGAACCCCGAGGAGAUGAGUCGGUCGGUGAGGGCCAGCUCGAUAUCUCGGAGACGUUGCGUACAGGCGAAUUCGACGACUGGAUCCCGCUGAAGGUUGAUGGCACGUACCGUGGCGAACUUUACCUCGAGAUGACGUUCUAUGCUGCUGGUCCCCCGCCAGCUCUUAGUCGUCGACCGACCAAGAUGAAGCCUACUGAGCGGUUACAGCGGUCUAGCCAGGCAUAUGCAUAUCCCACAUCGUCACCCCGUAAUUCCGCGUCCCUCCCUGCUCCUGGAGGAAGUUCUCAGAAAGAUAGUCAUCUCACUCCGGCUGCUCUCAUUUCUCCUCACUACAAGGCUGAUGCCCUUCCUCCAUUACCUGAGGAGGCAGAUGCAAAACCAGAGAAUGUUCCUGCCAUCUUACGUCCAGGGAAGUCGAAGACGCCCUCCCCGGCUGCACUUCAAAAGCCCCUACCACCUGACUUCGCGCUGCACGCGCGAACACCCAGUCUUCAGCCGCAGCCAAGUUCCCCUCCCCAUAUCCCUAUUCCCACCCUUCCUCCUAUAUACCCGGCACCGGUUUCAAACGUAAGCGAUGUGCCGCCGUCCUUACAGCACGGGCAUCCGCUAAGACCCCAAUCUUACAACGAGUAUUCAAACUCGAAUCAGUACAGCUACCCCCAUGGACCUCUGUUCAACUUCCCUGCGCCCGAGUCCACGUACUUAUAUCCACAACCACUCAUUCAACCUCCCCCACGACCGUACUCAUACAAUUAUGCACCACCACCUCGUGAGCCCGAGUUCGAUUUGCCCGAUCCAUUCAUCACAGCUAGAUAUCAAACUCCGCUACCUCUUCCUAACGAACCUGAGGAAGUGAACGCUCCAGCUCAUCCUCGGAGUCAUGCACACCCGGUACCUAUUCCAGUGGCCGCAACGGCUUCGUCGUCGGGGGAAGCAAGUGUGCACUCCGAUGCGACGAUGCAGCGCAGUCGAAAAGAAGGCCGUGAUGAGUUGUUGGCAGUCACGUUGGAACGUGAGCAGGCCGAACGCAGAAGGCAGUUGGCGGAGCAAGAAGAGCGUGAUCGGGGGUUAGCCAGGAAACUUGAUCUGGAACUCAAUCUUGGUUAGAACCCAGGAAAUCAUGUUGUUAUCUUCCACAGGAGCCGCAGAGCAGCAGGUGUGUCUGGAGGAUGGUAAAUUUGUGUUCUGGAGAGAAAGCUGAUGUGGACAGAUCUGCAUAUAUUAACUUAUUUAUAUGCUUGAAAGACAGGGAUUGAUGAUGUGUCUGAGUGAAUCAUGAGUCUCUUAUUGAAAAUGAAUCUACAAAAUCUUGAAAUGUUACUACCAUAUGGCCUGCCACCUCUGCUGAAGUGGGUCUCUUUUUGUAGUUCUGAACUAAACACCUCUUCACAAUGCUCCACAGAUGUGAAGGCAUUUCUUCCUCAUUGUAGAAGGUAGGCUCAGGAAUAGGCACUCCCUCCAUUAUCUUGCUUAUGACUGCAAACUGAGACAGACCAGCAAAUGGAGGUUUUCCUGUGUAAAGCUGCCACAAAUUACAGAACAAAAUUCUG